GCACAGAGCACCAAGUACUGGUCAGUCUGCUUUGGACUCUUCCGAUGACAACAUAAACCUUGACGUAGAAUCGCGUAUUUUCACAUUUAGUUUGACGCUGUAAAGUGCGGAACAACAAACACAAUCAUCGGCCAAUUUUUUUUGAAAUCUUCAUUUUUUUAGUUGACGAUGGUGGCCAAUUCGUCGGCGGUGGAUUUGGAACAGCGACGGGAACAGCAGCAGUACGAUGCACGCGUGCAGUUCAACGAGGACGGCCGCAGGGACGUGACGGCCAUGGGUUGGUGCGACGACAAGUUGCCGGCCACUGUGACCAAUUUUGCGGCAGCAGUGGUGGCCGUGGCCAUCGUGUGGUGCCUGUUGCGCGUGAACACCACUCCGGAACUGAUGGCCAUACCCGGUGGCAGCCUGGCGUCCAUAUUCGUGUUGUACGUGACCGGCACCGUGGCCGGUUGGCUGGUUGGCAAGCUCGGCGGCCUGCCGCCGCUUCUGGGCAUGAUGUUGGCCGGCAUCUUUCUUCAGAACACCGGCCUGUACACCGUAACCGGGUGGUGCUUUCAUCUGGUGUCCACUAUGAGAGAAGCCGCACUAACCGUGAUCUUGAUUAAAGGCGGCCUGGAGCUGAACGCGGGCCAGUUGCGCCAACUCAGCAGUGUCGUGGCCAAACUCACAUUGUUGCCGUGCAUAGCCGAAGCCGUGGCCGCGGGUGUGGCCGCGCACUUCAUCUUGCCAAAUUUCUCAUUGGUAUGGGGUCUAACUCUCGGGUUCACAUUGUCAGCCGUUAGCCCUGCUGUAUUAGUACCUAGUGUGUUCCGACUAAAGCGAUUGGGUUACGGCGAAGCAAAAGGCAUAAACACUCUGUUGAUCGCUGCUUCCAGUCUAGACGACACCGUGUCCAUCAGCGCCUUCGGUGUAUUAUUAGGUGUCCUGUUUUCGACUGGUAGCUUGACGAGCAAGAUAGUACAAGGGCCAAUAGACGUGUCUAUAGGAAUCGCGUUGGGACUCGUUUGGGGUUUCAUUUUGAUUUACAUGCCUCCUUCGCCGUGGGCGAUGAUAUACAGCAAACAAGGGAGCGAAGAGAGAAACGCCAAAAAAUCACAAAUCGAACGAUCGGUGACGGCCAAGAGAUCGUUUCUGCUGGGCGCCGGCGGUUUCCUCGCGGUCACCGGCAGCCAGUGGUGCGGGUUCCCGGGCGCCGGACCGCUGGCGUGCAUCAUAUCGGCGUUCGUGGCCGCUACCGGCUGGAGGAACAGGCUGAAGACGCAGAAGCGCGACAACCCGACGAUGUCGGCGGCCGAGGACGCGGACGGCACCGAAGACCCGGUGGUGAAGGUGUUCGAGUGCGCGUGGAUCGGCCUGCAGCCGGUGCUGUUCGCGUUCAUCGGCACCGAUCUCAGGUCCGAACUGCUCCGGAACGGCAACACGGUGUUCCUGGGACUGGUCGUGCUCGCGUUCGGACUCGCGAUUCGCCUGGUCGUCACGACCUGUUCGGUGCUGGGCGCGGGACUGAGUCGCAAAGAAAUGCUGUUCGUCAACAUCGCGUGGCUGCCCAAGGCCACGGUCCAGGCUGCUCUGGCACCGGUAGCUUUGGACAUAGCGAGAAAUUUGGGAACGCCAGAAGACGUCGAAUGUGCAACUCAAUUGGUAACGAUUGCCGUGAUCUCUAUUUUGCUGACCGCGCCGUUAGGCGCUUUUGGCAUGCAGUUGUUUGGCCCCAGAUUACUGCCCAAAUCCAACGAACAGCAAGGAUAACGUAUAUAUUAUAUGAAAAACGAUUUAGGCUUGGUUUUUUUUUUCCUGUAAAUUCUAUUCGUAUUGAUAGAUGUUUAAUCAUCAAGUGUGACGUGUGUAAUCCACUUCUAAACUUAACGUACUCUAUGAAGUAUAAAUUAAACUAUUUUUAUACGAAAUGUCUAUGUAAUUAUUUUAAAAGUUAAAAAUACAGUGGUAAUCAUUAAAAGUAUGUUUACAAAUACUUCUAACGAUACCAAUUGAUGCGCA